CUUAUUUCCUCGUUUCCGCUUCCGGUCUGUGUGACACUGUUUACAUUUUACAUUUUCAUUUUACAUUAUGGCUGACAAUUUAGCCGCACGUCAAACCGAUGACAGUGACAAAGGUGACGGAAGGAGGCGCCGGCGCGAUCUCAAGCUUUAUUAUGGGAUAGAAAAUGGUGAAGCUCCAGUUGAAAAUGAGCAAGUUAGCCAAACAAGCGCUCAGUCCACAGACCCAUGCAACCUUGAUGGGGGAAGCUUCCAGCCUCAAACUUAUUUGUCCAAGCUCAUUCAAGAGCGUUCUCUGACAGAGUUGAUGGAUGAAGAGCAAAAGAUGGUUCGUGACAUCAAAGGCCUGGACAGUGAUAUGCAAACUCUGGUCUAUGAGAACUACAAUAAGUUCAUCAGCGCCACUGACACCAUCAGGAAGAUGAAAAAUGACUUCAGGAAAAUGGAGGAUGAGAUGGAUCAUUUAGCCAGCAAUAUGUCCGCCAUCACCGACUUUUCUGCCAGCAUCAGCAAUACUCUUCAAGACCGUCGACAGCAAAUCACAAAGUUGGCUGGAGUGCAUUCUCUCCUGAAGAAGCUUCAAUUUUUAUUUGAACUGCCUGCUCGCUUGAACAAGUGCAUUGAUAUGGAAGCUUAUGUUCAGGCUGUGAGAUACUACACAAAAGCGCAGCGAGUGCUUCAUCAGUAUGAACACAUGCCUAGUUUUCAAGGGAUUCACACUGACUGUGAGGCCAUCAUCAAACAGCUGCGUGCUAAACUGAUGGAGCGCUUUCGUCAGAAAGAGUCGACAGCGAAACAGCUGACGGAAUGUGUAGACUUGCUGUUACAACUUGGAGAACCCGCAGAGUCUCUGUGUGACGAAUAUCUCUCACAUGCCAAGCACAAAUUGGAUGAAGAUCUGGAGGGACUGGAGAAACAAAUCAAGUUAUACUCAGGAGAGGUAAAACCAGCCCAGGAGGAGAGGCCAGCCCAGGCUUUUAUGAGUGCCGGAAUGGAUGUCUUGGAGUUUGUAGACUCCGGCUGCAAUGGAUUUCUCAGCAACAUUUGCUUGGUGAUUGCGUCCUACAAUGACAUGUUCCUGAACAGAAUGCAGACUGAUGAAGCCCUUGACACCAUAGCCCUGAGAAAGCUGGUGCUGUUUGUCAAUGAGCUUAUGGAGCGGUACUUCUCGUUUGUCCGGCAAAGAGUUCAGCUUGAGAAAGAGACUGGUGACAACACUAUUCUGGUGCGUGCCUUAGAUCGAUUUCACCGUCGACUGCAGGCAAUGAACAAACUGCUUCCAGAUACAGAUUUUUCCAGAGCUGGUACAGAAAUCGUGUCACGAGGUGCAAAGGACAGAGUGGCCCACUAUCUGCAAUCACUGAAGCAACAUUUUGCUGAUUGUUUAACAGACAUAAGGCAAAACCUGGCAGCCCCGAGAUUAGUUGGUAAGCAGGACAGCAAUGCCAGAUUGGCUGAUCUGCUCAGCAACAUGCAGAGCUCUGUUGUGGAACAAAUCAAGUCUGUUCUAGGAAACUUGCAGGCUUUUAUUGCUCCCGACAUCACUUUUGCCAUGAAGCCUUAUUUCCGAGGUCCGUUUUGCAGUCAGGAUGUGCGUGAGGGUCUGGUGGUGGCGUUCGUCCGCCACGUUUGCACCAUGUGCAAUGAUUUUUGUGAGGUUCCUGGAGACAAGACCACCAGUCCUCCUGCUCUACUCAUGAUUCUGUCACGAUUCUGCAUUGACUUGGAGAACGCCACCAUUUCUUACUUGCUGUCAGUGGCAGAAGAACAGUUCAUGGUGGAAGACAAAGGGACAGUGACACCCACGGCGGAGUUGUGGGCCAUGGCCAAAGACACGGGUCAACGAUUGCUCAACCACUACGUCCGCGUGCAGGGACUAACCAUAUCGCAGAUGUUGCGUAAAAGUGUGGAAACGAGAGACUGGCUGAAUACAAUCGAGCCUCGCAACGUGAGAGCGGUGAUGAAGAGAGUGGUGGAGGACAUCACAGCCAUAGAUAUGCAGGUUGGUCAGCUGUAUGAGGAAGGUGUACGGAAAGAGCGGAGCAGUGAUUCGAGUCGUCGCACACAUGCUCUCAGCUCCUCACAGGCAAAUAGACGUCCACAGUGGAACUAUGCUCCAAGUGUGGACAACAGUCUAAUGAGCAACAUACAAAAACUUUUCUCUGAGAAAAUUGAGAUCUUCAGUGCUGUCGAAUUUUCCAAAGUGUCUGUUCUCACUGGCAUUGUCAAGAUUAGUUUGAAGACAUUUCUGGAGUGUGUUCGGCUGAGAACUUUUGGGAGGUACGGACUGCAACAGAUUCAGGUGGACACACACUAUCUGCAGUUGUAUCUGUGGAGAUUUGUCUCUGAUGAGAACCUGGUGCAAGUGUUGCUGGAUGAGAUUGUGUGCAGUGCGGUGCACCGCUGUGUUGACCCUGUCAUGAUGGAGCCCAGUGUGAUCGACUUGAUAUGUGAACGAGGGUGAUAACUAUCUUGAAACUAGGGCAAUUCUUGGUGAUAGCUCAACUUGAAUGUGAUGUUAUAGUCUGAGUUCUGACUGGAAAUCCGUGGUGUGUGUCCGGCUUUGAUCAGGCUGAUGAAAAUGUUGGGAAGCAUUUUAUUUAUGUUGGAGAAGGCAUGCAGUGUGGGAUGUAGUUAGUAAUGGAAUUUCAUUUAUUUUGUUUCCUGUUCCAAUUUUUACAUUUUUACUUUCCAGGAUUUUUUUUGGGUUUAUUAUUUCAUCCUUUU